AACAUUCGGUGACGUUAUGUUUUAACCGUUUCGUAAAAUAUUUGAAUUAUCUUAUUUGGUUUAUUAUUGGGCAGUUUUUGUUGUCGAUGUUGUUUUUCUGUCCCUUACGAUAUUAACAAGUACUAGCAAGUGGCGGACAAGUUGUAGAGAGAAACGUAGACGAUUAUAGUAUACUAACUGAAAUGUUUAAAUAUCUUACACAUAUAUCGUGAGAUACCUGAUGCCUUCCCAGGAUAGUAAACGCACGUUAGAAGUCCUGCAAAAAACUCACGAGGAACUGCAGCGUUAUUAUACUCUGUUACGAAUGAUUAGGGGCGAUCUCGAAAAGAUAGCAAAUAAUUUCAUUGCUAUAAAUAGUGGGGAGAAUGCAAGAGUCGAUUUGAAAAAAGAUACAUAGAGUACCAGUCCAUAAAGUUAUAGAUUUUAUAUAACAACAUGGAGUCUUGUAAGCCUAUAACAAAUAAGAGGCUGGAGUCCGUGGUGCACCAAAAUUCACCGUCUUCUUCGUUGCGAAGAAAGUCUGUUUCUUUUCAAAAUCCACCCAUAACUGAUCUCUCGGUAAACGACGAUGAAGCGGAACGUAUUGCUCGUCGACGUGAGAUUUUGACGUCAACGCCAUUACUUAGCAAUACGCCCACUAACAAAAGACACUCUCUUGGCCUGGGAUUCUUAGCGAAUAUCCCGGCACCUCAAAUGGCCGAAAGCAUAACUCAGUGCAUCAAACUGAACGCCGAGAACAAGAUCAACAUUAAGAAUGCGUUUAGUUUAGAAAUGAUCGAUUUUAUGACAUAUAUGAUAAAGAAGCAGGACGCCAAUAUGUCGAAUCUGCAAGUAGCUAGUACAUCCUUGGAUGUGAGUACCAAGAUCUACGGAUUCCGUGUAGAUAGCGUGCAUACCGAAAUACUUAAAAUAGUGGGCGGAUUGGAUAAACAAGCGGUCGACGAUAUGGAGCGAAAUGCGGAGGAGUUUAGAGAAGACGCAGAAGAUACAGAAACGAAUGUAGCAGUGCAAAAGAAGAAGAAGAAAAAUAAAGCCAAGCAAAAGAUUUUUAGCACUGUAGAGGCUCUAAGAGGCAAUAUCGAAAUCCAAAAACCUAUGUCGAUGAUGAUAGGCGAGGGAGAUUUGCAAACCAGCGACAUGCUAUAUCAAGCCAUACUGCCGCAUCAUGCAAAUUCCGGCGCUUAUCAGCAUCUAUAUAACGAUGUGUUCGUUGACGUUAUAGAGAAUAAAUCCAGAUUACAAAACAGUUCAGAUAUAAAAUACAGUAUACCGACAAUCGGUGACUUCUCGAAUCUUGAAACUUGUGCAUAUUCGAACUUUGAGUUUCUCGACUGGUCCAUGGAAGAUGAGCCGGAAGAGAAUCUGGCCGAAAAAGCCGAACAUAAUGAUGAGAGUAAUCAAUUCCAUUUCGAUUUGGACGCGAGCGUGGAACCUGGUGAUGAUAACAAUCCAUUACCUGAACCAAUGAAUUACUUUGACUUCCAGCACGACGACAAUAAUACUUAUGGAUGUUACCAAGAGGCAGCGAAACGACGUAGCGAGAAUAUCCUGGACGUGCGCAAUGUUCAGAUAUCAGAGACAAACACAUUCGAAUAUUCCUUUCUCCAGCCGAACAUGAAUUUGCAUUGGGCCGGCCCGUCUCAUUGGAAGUUUCGAAAUUUUAUGAGACCUUCCACUGACAUUGCCGGUAGCAGUAAAGUGAUAAGAGCUUGCAUGCAAGCUCCGCUGCGAAAGAAAAGACAGAUCGAAUUGUCGUAUGACGAGAAUUGCGAUGUGAUUGAUGCAAAGUUUGCGCUGAGUCAGUCUAAUAAAUUACAAGCCAAGACCGCGAAAACAGAAUGGAACACCGAAGACUUAAUAUUACCGGAAGAUGUGCAUUACGAUAUUGUGCAAAUGAUAAAACUGUACUUGAAUCCAAGACUGAUUUUGAAGCCGCCAAACAAUGGAAAAGAGGGUAGUAAUAACGCGGUAGCCGCCGUGGAUGUGUCAGACAACGAGAGAUACGAUUACAACAAUCCAAAUGAUACAUUAGAAUAUUGUCCUGAUACAAAUAAUGACGAUGAUUAUGAAGAAGGAGGUAGGGACGAUUGUAACUUUGAAGACGAUGCUAUUGCGUUAAGUAGCCAAAACUUUAUCGGCGACAAUUUGGUCGCCGCGCCUAAACUAGCUAAUAAAAUAUCCAUUGCGUACUGCCUGAAAGCAAAAAAGAUCGAUAUGCGACAAUUGAAAAAAGCUAUAUGGAAAUUGUGUACGAAUAAUAACGUUGACUUAAUAAAUAACGAGGCGGAGAACUCCGAAGCGAACAUGAUGAAGAACAGCAAACAGUUUAAUGAUAUUUACAAGAUGUUACCGAAAUUAUUAACAAAAACCAAUGUCGAGGCAUUGAGCGUGCCGAUUUCUUUUAUAUCCCUGUUACAUCUUGCGAAUGAGAAAACAUUAAAAAUUCAUUCAUUACCAGACAUGUCCGAUAUUAUCGUCGAGGCGGAUUGAAAAGACCGCUGCCAUGAUUUUUGUGUACAUAUUAAUAUGAAAAAUACUUAAUAAGCAAUUUUUUAUGAAGAGUAUAUUCUAAACAAUAUAUAUCAUAUAUUGUUCGGAAUAUAUUCUUCAUAAAAAAAUGCUUAUUAAGUAAUUUGCUUUAAUUACAUAUACAUCGACAUAUGCACGCAUGCGUAACGCAUGAACAAGUUCUACACACGUUUCUUUUAAUAUUGGACUAGAAAUUAAUUUCUUAUUUAUAUUUCUUUGAAUUAAUUUUUAUAUUAAAAAUUAAGUUUAAGUUCGAUAUUAAGAGAAACACGUGCAGCCUGUUGCGUGUCAAAUCGGUGAUUAUAUAUUUUUUUAAAUAAAAUACUAUCAAUCGAAUAUUACAAUCAUCAAAGAUAACUUUAAUAUCCAUUUAAUUUAUCGAUUUCUUAGAUAAGAAAAUUUUUCAUUAAAAAAAAAAUAGAGAUAUUUUUAAUAAAUAUCAUAAUUAAAAAAUGCUCGUUAUAUACUGUAAAAAUAAUAAUUUGACCAAUAAUUACAUGUGUAUAUAUAUAUAUAUUUAAAUAAAGUUUAUUUUGAAGCAUUUUGCACAACACCGUUCUACACAUCUGCUUAUGUAAGUAAAAUAAUUCUGAUCAUAGGAUCGCUUUAUAUAUAUCUUACAGAGACCAGUUCGUUGAAUUAAUAUACACAGUGUGAGCUGCCAGAAUUUUCUCAAAUCGAGCUUAUUAGACAUUAAUACUGCGCUCAAACCGCGAUUUUGGUCAUUCUGUCUUUAGUGACUAGGUUAGUAUAUUUAAGUCAUGCAGUAAAUUUAAGUUUUCGCUAAUAAUAAAACAGCAAAUAUCAAAAAAACGUCUCAUCGCUAUACGGAAAUUUACACAAACGACGUAUCGAUUCGUGUAAAUGCAAUAGCAUCCGCUUUGGCAGUAUAAUUUUCCGUUCUCCGAUUUAGUAAUAGUAUAAUUUCUUUUUUUCUUAUAUAUCAUAUCGUAACUUAGGUCUUUUUUAGAAAUCCACAUUACCGUUACAGCUAAACGAAUACAUAUGCGCACAAACUCACGCGAUAAGUAAUGUAUAUAAAUAUAGAAUCUUUUUUCAAAAGAAACAUACAGAAUGCAAAAGUUCAAAUAUAUGUUAUCUCUGUAUUGCUUCAACUACGACACCCUGUAUAGGCGAUGACAGGACUCCGCGAUUUAUCUGCGGUCGCAAUUGAUAAUGAUGAUUACAUUUUGUACUUUGUAAGUUACUUAAUGUACAUCUUCAUCACAACAUCCAAACAACAGUCGAAUUAUCCUCUUGAGACUCACGAUAGCGAUAUCGUUCUACGAUCAGAGAAGAUCUCUGAGACCUUUCUAUUAAUAGCUUGGCCGAAAAUUGUGAAUAUUUUAUUACAAUUCACGUUAUUGCAUCGUAAAAUAAUGCUACAAAAGAAAAAGAAGAUAUAGAAAGAAUACGAUACAUAAGAAUAUUGCACAAAAAUAGUGAAGUCUAUAAAUUAUGGUAAAAUAAAAGUCGACGCGCGCAAUGAUUAUUGUAAAUAGCGCGAUAAAUAUUCUGCCGUUGGACAAUAUAAAAAAUAAAAAUUCACAUUGCUUAAUAAUCUAAAUGCAAAUCCAAAAUGCAAUAGAGCUGUAAAUAGCACCAAAAACGGUCUAGAAGGUCUAAGAAAUAUAAGCUGUGUUUCUCCGUUGCAUCGAUGAGUAUGCAUCGUAUUUUAAAUACGCGCUUACGUAUGAUACAACGGUUUUUUUCAUCAAUUUUUCGUGUGCAUUGUCGGCAAAAUGAUUCUGUAACGACGGAGGAAGAGAAUAUUCUUCGAAAAGACUCGAUUGUCUUCAUUGAUAUUUUAUAGGAAAAAUAAUCUAAUUUUUAAAAUGUUUUUAUAAUUCGCACAAUAAUGCAACCACGAGAAAAUUAAAUUUCUAUUUUAAUUAGAAUUGAGCCUGUUCUAAAUAACACUUCAUGUUAAGAUGGAGAAAGUCUCUUUCGCGCUGCAAAACGUCAAACCUAUGUGUUUCGAAAUACAUUUCAUUAGCAUAACAAAUAUCGUUUAAAUCGAUAAAGACAGACUGAUACUAUCAACUGAUUAUUCGCUGAUGUUAUCAGCAAAAUCAGUGGAUCUCAAAGAGUGCUACCGCAAAAUCACACGUAGUCGUUAUCCGCUUCGAACACCGAAAGCUUGUCAGCGUAAAUCGAUAAAAUCCUUAUGCGAUUUUCUUGAACAGACGCGCGUGACGACUUUUUUUCUUACCGCAAACAACAUUAUACGACUAGUAUCUAUUUUCUACAACCGUAACUCGAAGGAUAAUGGAAAAACCUUCUCUUAUCAUUCUUAGAAUGCGUAUCCACGCCAUAGGAAUCUCAAAGCAAAGAAAAGCAGAUCGGGAAUCUUGUAUUACACCGGAGAUUCCAUUGACCAGAAAAUACCAAUCAUUCGAUCAAGAUACAAAAUGAGCUCGAGAAAGUGGAAAUCAGUAAUAGGAAAUAUUAGUUAUGUAGCCAGACAGAAUGUAGAAUCGAUUUUCCUUUAACAAAAAGCUGAAUGAAUCACUAAUAAUGGAGCAAGUAAACUUUAAAAGAUAUCUGCGCAUUGGAUAACUUUUGUAUUUUUCUGGCUCUGGGCGGCUUGUCAGUUCUUCAAACAUUCAUGAAGCAGACAAAAAUAUAGGCCUCCAGUUAAAGAUAUUUGUUAAAGCAAGAUUGAUAUCAAACUUCUCAAAGAAUGUAUUCCUAAUAUCGAUCUCUAUUUUUCCCAUAUAGCACGUAUUAAGAGAGUAUCUCGAGUUAAAUAUAUUUUUCAGAAGGUAACGUUUGAAUCUCUUUCUUUCUUUCAAGCAUUCACAAUAGCAGUUACAUCACCGCUUUCGUUUUUUUUUUAUACAUACAUUCUGCAUACAUUCCGCACA